CGGCUCUCAGGCCCCAGCCCGCACACGCCUGCAGAAAGCCUGCUGGAGUGGCCGCGGCGCCUCCCGCCAACUGCUUCCGGAUCGCGGGGAGUGUCGCUUCCGGAGCAGCAUGGCGGCCACGGAGGACGAGAGGCUGGCGGGGAGCGGAGAUGGAGAGCGGCUGGAUUUCCUGCGGGAUCGGCACGUGCGGUUCUUCCAGCGCUGCCUCCAGGUCUUGCCCGAGCGGUAUUCUUCGCUUGAGACCAGCAGGUUGACAAUUGCAUUCUUUGCACUCUCGGGACUGGAUAUGUUGGAUUCCUUAGAUGUGGUGAACAAAGAUGACAUAAUAGAAUGGAUUUAUUCCUUGCAGGUCCUUCCCACAGAAGACAGGUCAAAUCUAAAUCGCUGUGGUUUCCGAGGCUCUUCAUACCUGGGUAUUCCGUUCAAUCCAUCAAAGAACCCUGGAACAGCUCAUCCUUACGACAGUGGACACAUAGCGAUGACCUACACUGGCCUUUCAUGUUUAAUUAUUCUUGGAGAUGACUUAAGCCGAGUAGAUAAGGAAGCUUGCUUAGCAGGCUUGAGAGCACUUCAGCUUGAAGAUGGGAGUUUUUGUGCUGUUCCUGAAGGCAGUGAGAAUGACAUGAGGUUCGUGUACUGUGCUUCCUGUAUUUGCUACAUGCUCAACAACUGGUCAGGCAUGGACAUGAAGAAAGCCAUCAGCUACAUCAGAAGAAGUAUGUCGUAUGACAACGGGCUGGCACAGGGAGCAGGACUUGAAUCUCAUGGAGGAUCCACCUUUUGUGGCAUUGCGUCACUGUGCCUGAUGGGCAAACUGGAAGAAGUUUUUUCAGAAAAAGAACUAAACAGGAUAAAGAGGUGGUGUAUAAUGAGGCAGCAGAAUGGAUACCAUGGAAGACCUAAUAAGCCCGUUGACACCUGUUACUCAUUCUGGGUGGGAGCAACUCUAAAGCUUCUGAAAAUUUUCCAGUACACUAACUUUGAGAAGAACAGGAAUUACAUCUUAUCAACUCAGGAUCGCCUUGUGGGGGGAUUUGCCAAAUGGCCAGACAGUCAUCCAGAUGCCUUGCACGCGUACUUCGGGAUCUGUGGCCUGUCUCUAAUGGAGGAGAGUGGGAUCUGUAAGGUUCAUCCUGCUCUCAAUGUAAGCACACGGACUUCUGAGCGCCUCCGAGAUCUCCAUCAAAGCUGGAAGACCAAGGACUCUGAAGAGUGCCCGGAGAGUGUCCACGUUUCCACUUGAGUGACCCUGGGGAUGAAUGGGCUUGUAGCAUAACUGUAGCUCAAGGUUAAAAGCCAUGUGUAACCAAGUGUGCUCUUUUCUAAGGAGUAGUCUUAAGUCAAAGCUUGUACUGCUAACACUGUAGGAUGUGGUCUUGAAUUUUGACCACUGUACCAGAUUUCAAGAAAGUCCUUGUUGAAGUUUGGACCUCAGCACGACUCUGUUGUGGUUCUUAAAUGUUUAUACUGUUUUUGAGAAGUUUCUUGGGGCAGAUUAAUAUAUAUAUUAAUGUAGGUCAUUUUCUUAAAACUCUUCAGUACAAGUUCUGGCUUACAGAAUGGACACAAAUAUUCAAGUUUACACUUCAUAUGGCAUUGAUAAUCUUCAGGUGAGCAUUUAGUGGUCACUUAAAAAUCUCUACUGCUGAUGGUAAGAUUUGCUUUAUUGAAUUAAGUAUCUGGGAUUAUUCUCUAAAAAUAGAUGGUCUCAAUUUUCUUCAAGAAUAACAUAUUUUGUGUUAUUCUUAAGAUGUGCCAACUAGACUUGUGUAACCUAUACAGAUGAAAUUAAAAGUUCAUAGUAAGAAGAAAUAGACUUAACUAAUACUAUAGUUUUCUAAAGAGAGAGUACUACAUAAUUGAGGGAGAAGAAAAUGAACUGUGUAAUUAUGAAAGAGAAUGUUCUGUGUUGUGUGUCUUUAUAAGAGGUUUCUUGGGUGAGUACCUGUCAUGUUCUGUUUUAAUCCCAAAUCAUUGACUGCCUUUUGUCAGGGGCAAGGGAGGAAAUAAUCUUUGCUAUCUAGGAAAAAAACACUCAGUGUUCUAUUCUUCUGAGGUUCACAACAUUGUAAAUUAUACGAUUACAACUAAGUUCUUUUUAGUUGGUUGGAUGUUUUCUUUUUUCUUUUCCUUUUUUUUUUUCCAGUGUUUUGUAGCCGCUAUAGUUAGCUGCUUUAUCUCCCAUUCACCAGGUUGAGCAUCUUAAUCCAAAAUUCAGUAUCUGGGCUAGGCACAGUGAGUGGUGCACACCUUUAAGGUCAGCACUCAAAAGGCAGAGGCAGGCUGAUCUCUGUGAGUUCAAGGCCAACCUACUUUAUGUAAUAAGUUCUAGGCUAACCAGAGUUACAUAGUGAGACCCUGUCCUGAAAAAACAAAAUGAAAACAGCAGCAUUAAAAAUAAUAAAAUCCAUUAUUUGAAAUGCUCCAGAAUCUAUAAAUUUUUCAUUGACAGAAUGACAGAAUUGGGAAAUUCCACCACUUCCUGCAACAGGUCACAUGUGAAUUUCAGGGACACUGUAAAUAGCAUAUAAAACUACUUGAAUCAACUGAGUGAAGUGUAUGAAAUAAAUGCACUUCCAUCCACAAGGUAAAGUAUGUGUAUUCCAAAAUCUGAAAACAGAAUCUAAAAUCUGAAACAUUACUUUUGGUUCCAAGCAUUUUGGAUAGUGAUACUCAACCUGUAAAUAAUUUUCUAAUGUUUUCAAGUUUGAUAAAUCUUUAAAUACAGACAGAACCACUGAAGUAUACAUAGUCAUUUAUAUUUUUAUAUUUUUGGCUAAGUGGGAGGGAAAUAUAUCCAUCUAGAGGGGAUAAACUGGUUUUACUUAUUCAUUGUCUUGUUUUAGUGUCUCAAUUCUGUGAACUGACAACCAAAAGAAGCUGGUAUAAAAUCCUUUGUUAGCAAUCACUUGUCAACAAAUCACAUCCAUGACUUGAUGACAAGAGGAAAUGUCUUCACUAAAAGAAAUAGGUGUGUUACCCUUGCUAGUAAUAAAAGUUGUAUUAUUAAUCUACAGACAUCAUUGUAAAAACUAAAUUAUUAGUGUCACUGGGUAGAUAAUAGCAUUUUCAUUAUUUCCUAAACUAAAGAGACAUUUCCUUAAUACAAAUACUUGUAAAGGGAAACCUAUCAUAUGAUUAAAAAUAAUAUAUCACUUAUGGGCAUGCUAGUUUUAGAAUUGAGUUUGCAAAGUCAAAUAAAACAGUGCUGGGAUCUAGCCCACUGCCUGGUGUUCACAAGGCCAUGGGUUCCCUGACUUUGAUCCUUGGCCCCAAAGCUAACAAACCAACCAAAUCCUUAUUAGAAAUAACUCUUCCAGUGGUGGGGAGAAAAGCUUUCCAGCAAUGUUAUCCUCCCACACCUUAUUCCAGUUGCUUCUGUUUAAAUCUAAGCAAAUAACAACAAUGCUGUCUCCAACUGAGUUAUUUCUUAGACAUUAAGACCUGAAACAAUGUGUAUGAAAGUGCACUAGGUGUGUAUCAGGAGCCAGGGUUUUUCCUGAGUUGCUGCCAAUUUGUUAGAAGGUAAGAAAAUUGAUUAUUAAUAAAUAGAAGAUUUAUAACAUAAAAGUAAUUUAUAUUUUCAAACUCGAGUGAUUUACUGGCAAAGAAAUAUUAAUGGCAGAAUAAUUAUAAUAUACUGUAAGAGGCAAGGUUCCAUGUGACACUUUAUAGACCAAUGAAUGUCUUUCAUAGAAACAUAUCAGCCAAAAGAGACUGAGUUGUUUUGAAGUAUGGAAAAACUAUUUCUAGUUUUUCCUAAAUAGUCGUGUCUAAGAAGCUGUUUAUUACUAAAAUAAAUUUCACGUGUAAUCUGUUCUCUAGCAGUAGUGGCGUAGUAAGAGGAGAAACAUGACGCUCAGAAGUGCAGCUCAGCAUGGUUCCCUCUUAUCCAGCCUCUCUCCGUCUCCUCUGUUGUACUUUUGAAGAGCAGUAGAAGAAACAUUUAUUUAUCACCUCCAGUUUCAGGUUUGACCUGUAACACUUGUUUUUAUUAGAGUUUUAAAUAGGUAUUUAUAAGUAAUAAAGUCCAAUUUUAAAAUUUGCUGACAAUGGUCAUAAUUUGAAGUGUCAGACCUGAUAGUAUUUGAUAAACUGAGUGAUGAGGGGUUCAUCUGAAGCAAGAUGACUUGAGGUUUAAAGCACCUAUCUGCCCGUUGUGGCCAUGAGCUUGGACCCAAUUCCUCUAUUGGUAAAAUGAUGUAAGCAAUAGAAUUUCAUUCACUAGGCUGAUUCAGGAUUAAAUGAGGUAGUAUAUUAAAAAGCACUUUGCACAGCAGGUUUCUAAUUAUACUUUCAUAUGACGGUAAAAGUGUUUUUUAAGUUUCAAUAGAAAUCUUAACAUAGUUUAAACUGAAGGAAGAUGCUGCCAACAGUAGUUUUUUAGCUUUCCCCAUAAGUAACAGAAGGAAUAUCAAGUCAUUGCAAAACUAAACUAGGUGACAGGUGGCACCCCUGUGAGCUUCAGAAUACAAGUGAAAGAACAAAUGUGACCUGCAUGGUUUCACCCCAGGGUUUCUCCUUCUGUGCAGAGGAUAUGGGAGAGAAGCAGCUGGGCUCUGAAGCCCUGCAGGUUGAGAAGCUGUGGUGCUGCCUUGUUUUCACUACAGAGGGCAGUGGGCCAAUGUGAAAAUAAAGGCUGAAACUGGGAAGCGCUCUACAGAAUCCUGUCAGCGGUCUGUGAGUGUGAGGCAGUGGAGGAUGUCUUGAUAACAGUAGAUAGAGCAGCCUGGUCUGAUGCUGUGUAUGUUUUGAGAUUAAUGAGGCAAAGCACAACACUGGUUAGAAAGUACUAGAAUUAGGAUCCAAACUGGACAGGAUAGGCAUGGGCAUAAAGGAGAGAUAGCUAAAAUAAAUGUUGGGAGGAAAGAUCUGUAGACGCAGAUGCAUAAAUACAGGCCUGCACAAUCAUUUGAGUCACAGAAAGGAAGGGUGCUGGGAAGAUGGAGCCAUUUCUGGAGCAGCCCACCCUUCUAAACAAUGACUUAAAGAAAAGAGCAGGUGAGCAUUCUGUUCCCAAAGUUAGAGCGGUGUCCGCCCAGACGAGUAAACCUGACCAAGGCCCCUGAAAUCUUGAGAAAGUCAGUGACAACAGCAUAGAGUUUUUGUGGUGACACAUAUGGUCUCAGAAUUGGAGCAGGGAGCAAAAUAAAACCAAGCAGGGAAAGGAGGCAGAAAGAUAAAAGCAAAAGGCAAUUAGUCUAAAGGUAAGAAAUGCAGAAGCCCCUUCUUUGGCAUGGCAAGGAUGCUCAGGGAGAUAGCCCACUAGCGAGCCUCUUAAGACACCGGAGGAGCAUGUAGGGAAGCUUAAAUGACAAGGGAAAAGGCAGUAAGCACACUGAUUUCAACUUUUCUUAAAGGUGUAGUUUUUAGAGCAAAGUGCAAAUUGAUAAAAUCGAAUGCAGAGAAUACAACUACCAUAGGGAAAUGCAAAUAAAAGACCAUUGUGCAAUCCUGCAAGACUGAAGAAUCUCAGCAUUGCUUUAAUAAUUCCAGAGACUAGAAAAGGGAUCUUGAAUAUUAAAUUACUAAAGAAAAGAAAAUUAUUUCUUUGUAGAGUUGGUGUAAUGACAUUAAUUUUAAACCACAACAAAGAUUACUCAAAAAAGGGAAGUUCUAGGUCAUUCAGACUUGCUAAUAUCUCCACAGACUGUGGCGAUAGCUCUAUUAGUGUUUGCCACUUAAUCAUGAAGACCUGGAUUUGAUCCCAGCACCCAAGGGAAAAACUGGGCUUGAUGUUGAACGCUUGUUCCCAGCAUUGAGAAACAGGCAGAUGACUGGGGCUUGUUGGCUAGCCACCCCAGCCUAAGUGAUGAGCACCAAGUCCCCGUGAUAACCCCUGCUUAGAGAGUAAGGUGAGACAGGUGAGCUGUUUCAAUGGGUAGAGGCUCUUGCUACACAAGCCUGACGAUCUGAGUUAGAUUUCCUAGAAUCCAUGUAAAGGUGGAGUGAGAAAACCAACUCCACAGAGUUGUCCUGUGGCUUCAUGCAUGCAUGACACAUGUGCCCACACACACAAGUAAUGAUAAAUUUAAAACCUAACAUGAAAAUCUGAAGAACAACUGAGGUUGAUUUCAGGCCUCCACACACCUGGAAACACAAACAUAAAUAUCAAUACAAAUUAUUGAUUUGUUAGGCCCACAACCUGGUAGCACUUGGAGGAGGGAAUAAAAUCGCAGCUUGGUUGAGUUUGUAUUAGGAAUACAAGGAUAAUUCAGUUGUAGACAAUCUUAAUAUGGUGUUAAAGAAAAGACCAUUUGAUUUGGUAGAGUUAAGCACUCAUAUCAGAAACUAUUACAAACUUUUCUAACCUUGCAUCUCUACUGUAGAGGCAAGCAUCCUCCCAUUGAAUCCAAAGAGCCUUUCUUACAAAGCCAAAACAAGACUCUGCCUACUGUCUCCCUGUCUCCCUUACAACUUAACACCACACGAGAACUUUCAGCCAAGGAACUUAGCACAAAGACAUGAGUCAGGAAGAGUCCAAACUGGGCAGAUAGGAUCAUCUACUUGAAAAAUCCAAAGGUAUUUGUUGAGACACCAAACCAUAAAAGAACUUAAUUGGCAGCAGUAGUUAAUGUGCAGGCAGCAUAAGGACUGCAUUUCCACAGUUCCACACGAUGGAGCCAAGUGUUGUCAGAAAUCACCUCUUUCAGCCACCUCCUCCCUCUCCAAAAGCAAGUGCUAUCAGAGCUCACAGUGAGCUUUCUAUAAGUGCAACCAUGUGGUGUACACUGUCUUACUUGGCUUCUUUGCCCUAGAAAAGAAUACAAGGGCUCUCUGGUGCUGGUUACAUGGGUGCAUUCAUUUUAUGAGUAUUUACCAAGCUGUACCAUCAAUCGUGCUUUGUGUACUGUUCUAUGUGUGUAAAUACAAUUCAAUAAAAAUGUUUAGUUAAAAAAAAAGACUUCACAGAUAUAUCUACAUAAACCUAAACCAUUUAGAAGACAUACCUCAAGAUCUCUGUGAUUGCUGGGAUACAAAAGACUCAUGUAUGAACUCAUUCAGAUAUGUUCAUAUAUCUACAUAAGAAAAUCCUGUUUUAGAUAAAAACUCUUGGGAGACAAUAGUCUGGAACAAGAGUGUGCCUUGUUGUUAAUAGGAAGACAGCAUCAAACAAUUUUCUUGGGUUAGUUUGUAAAUGUAAUGCCACUGCAAUAAAUGCUAUGCUUGUUGUCACUUGAGAGAACAUAUUAGACUAGUCAUUAAAACUGAGAAAGUGAGGAGAAACCAGCCGUGCCAGACACAGAGUGUGUUGGCAAAAGUUAUCAAUUGAAUGCGUACACACUUUGCUCAUAACUACAGGUUUAGAUUAUGUGCUUCAAGGAUCUUCCAGUGUGUAAGCAUAGCAGAGAAGACAUUGUUUAUGAUGCAUUCAUACAGUGCAAUACUAUACAAGUGUUAAGAUAAACACCAUAGUGUUUGUAAUAUAUUGCAAAAUGAACCAAAAAUUUGGUAUUAAAUAAUAGUGUGAUAAACAAGGGGAAUGGAAUGUUAGAAUAGUCCCAGCAGCACAUUAGAAUAAAGGCAUCAUCUGAAAUCAGUGAGAAAAGGAACUUAAUUGAGUGCCUAGUUACCUAAGCAACUCUGUAACUGUUCACAUAUUAACAAAUUCUUGAAGAAUGUAUAGUUUCAUCUAUCUCAAAGCUUUGCAUGUUGCUCUAUGCACUAAGAUACUGUAUAUUCUAUAUUUUAAGUUUUAAUCAUUCAAUGAUAUGGAUGUCUUUUAAUAUGUGGAUUAACAGGCCUAAGUUGUCAUUAUUGGUGACUUGUUUUUCACAGUUACAAAUAUGUUGCAAGAUGCUUGGGAAUGUAUUUUCACACUCCCUAGUAGGUAAAUUUAUGGAUAUGGAAUUGUUAGGACAAACUUUUGCACAUUUUAAAUUCUGGUAGCUCUUGAGAAGUUGCUUCCUAAGAAGCUUCCAAGGCAUCUGCGAAAAUAAUCUGCUAGCUAGUUCUCAAAUUUUCUGUGUAGCUGAAGAUGACCUUGAACUUCUGAUCUUCCUGCCUCUGGUUCUAAGCUGCUGGGAUUACAGGCCUGCACCACCAUGCCCAGUCUCCAUAGUGCUAGGGAUUGCAUUUAGGGCUUUGUCAUGCUAGACCAGAAUUCUACUAAGAGGUCCUUAGUUUGUUUCUAACUUCAGCAUGUUCCUAUAAACAUUGAUUGAUUAUUGCAGGGUUCCCACAAAAUAAAUUUCUGGGCCCAAGGAUAUGUGUUUGAAAAAUAUUGGUACUUACUGUUACAUUGUCCUGUACAAACUGCAUUAACUCACCAACCAGAUACUAUGUUUGUGCAUAUUUUCUGCCGCAUUGGAAUCUGUCAGCUUUAAGAGUUUACUCUGGUUGGGGGAAAUGGUAACCCCUUGUUACAAAUACACAAAACACAUUCUGAUAA